UGUCGCAACAAAGAGUUUUAAGACAAUAGCAGAAGGAAUUGUUUGGUGAAUUUUAAUGAAAGGCGAGUUGAACGAGCAAUAACAAUGCUAUGAAACUCUACAACAAUUAACAAACAUACCUCUUACAGAGUUUGUCAACAUGAACUAGCUGAGAAGAAGUUUGUUUUUUUUCGCGUAAGCGAACCACUGGAACAAGGCUUGUCUCAACAGGUCGGAAAACGCAUAAGUUAUGUCAUCGCCUUCUUUGUCGGUUGGUCACCAAAGGCAACCAUUUCCCGAUCUUCAACAAAAGGUUGCGUGGAUAGACACUGAAUUCGACAAGAACAACUGUGUAAGGCCUCCUGUCACGUUCAGUGGAAGGCCUCGGAUACUUUUAGAAGCUGUCAGUCAAGGGAGACUUCGUCAAAUUCGCUUGCUGUUAGACGCGGGUGUCAACGUAAACUGCAAAGAUUUGGACAACGGACAAACUGCUCUAAUUAGAGCAGUGUUCUUAGAAAACAGCAAGCUUCGCCGGAGGACUGCUAAAAUGCUGCUAAAUUACGGCGCCAAGAUUAAAUUGCUGGAUAAGUUUGGCCGAUCGGCCUUGUCGUGGUCUUGUCUUACGGGAAGAGAAGAUAUGGUCAAGCUGUUUUUUAGUUAUCCCGAAGUUGAUCUUGCAGUGGGCAGCGUAGAUACUGAGGGAAACACGAAUCUGAUAUUAGCAAGCAUGUCUGGCAAUAUAAACAUUAUUAAAACGAUAUCCAAAGUUUUCAGAAGGAACAGGCUUGAUGUAAAUAGAAUGAACAAGAAAGGGAAAAGCGCUUUGACAAUAGCUCACGAAAAUCAGUUUACGGAUUGCGCCGAGGUGCUUUUGAAUGAAGGGCACGCAACACCAUCUAGUUAUCAAAUAAAUCUUCCACGUGACGCAUUCAGCGCUGCGAUAGCACAAAGAAGGAUGAAACCUCAAACAGGACAGCGACAAAACUCCUGUAAUCUUCCAAGGUUAUUUGGUUUAUAUACAGAACAGCUUACAAAUUCAUAUCCUCGAAAAUGCAAGUCUGGGGGUGGUGUAAAGUUCUCGGCAUACUAAUUAUAAAUAAAUUAUGAGCCAUUUAGAUAACAAGAUUAACUAAAGAAGGUUUUUGAGUGUUUAGCAAAAACUUCAGUGAUUGUUGUUUGACACAAAGGUUAAAAAGCGCAGUAGUCAUGACACUCGUAUCUAAACAUUGAAAUCGAACGAAGUAUCAAAGUUAUUGAGUUUCUCCUAAGAAACGUAUUGUUUCUAAGGGACCUAGUUUCGUUAAAACUUGUAUAAAUACAGUUUUUUAACAAAAAUAAUUUGAAAAUUGUUUUGAAAAAGCAACUAAAACGAAUAGCAAUAGGGGUAUAAAACCUCACACCUCAGUCAAAGUAGUUCUUUUUCCAUCUACAUUUAAACACUGAACUUUCCAGUUGAACUCUUGAGUGGAGUUAUGACUCUUGCACUUUUUCUUUCUUUUAGAACAAAACAUUAUUUCUUUACGGAUAGAAAAAAAAUGGAUCAUAAAUAGCAAAGUGUUGUGCGAUUUGUUCGAAAAGGAGUAAGUAUAGAGGGGUGAAGAAAUUCAGGAAGAACAUUACAUGCACUUGAUAUACCUCACACGGAGACAUAACGCUAUCAAGUCAAUGAUGUUGUUUUGGUUGGUAUAAUCAGUGUCUUGAUUACAAUAAUGAUAUUGCGUGACUCUGUCCAAAUUAGCAGGGUUAAGCUUCUGGAUUCAAAGUGACAAGCCCUCACAGAGAGCUAUUGUCUGUAUCGCAUCUCGUUGAAAAUAUUUUUCUCUCUUUCUUUUUUUUUUCACUCUGCCGAUUCUUUUGAAACUUCUAAUAAAUCCCAUAGGAAAGUCUAUUGGGUCUUUUAGCCCUUAUCUUUAUCAGGACCCUGAAAGAGAAUGCCUAGUAGAGGCAGGUAAGUACUUCUAGAUCUUUUCAGUUUCUCUUGGCUUGGAUCAGCGUCAGGAUACAAGGUCUCACAGACAACCCGGUGACUGAUAAUCCAUCUAGUACAACUAAUUUUUGGCGAUUUCACGCUAUCGAUCGCAAAAUGAUUCAGUAGUGAUACACGAAAAUAAACUAAACGUAUUUUAUCAUU